AUGACUAACGACAAUGAUUAUCAAACUGCAAUCAUUUACGAUCGAAUCAGAAGAUUGUUUUUCAAUAAUGCUAACUCCACUAUGAAGCCCGGAAUACCUGAUCUUCAAGAUUACUGUUUUCAUCCGGAUGUUCAGCUAUUCGCAGAAAUAACGUUGAGAAGAGCACUCGAUUAUCCAGGAUAUAAACCCAAUAGUACACUUGACCAGCUUUCCUUAGAGCCAAUAUAUCUCAAACCGAUUUUGUCGCUCAUUUUUUUAUUUGUCGGUCUUGUGGGACUCAUCGGAAACUUGCUGACAGUCAUUGUUAUUUAUAAGACAAAAUCUCUACACUCUCACACUAACUAUUUUCUUGCCAAUCUUGCCACUAGCGAUUUUUGUCUCAUUGUUGUUGGCGUAUCAUUUGAUUUGGUCAACAUUUGGAACAAAGGAGAGCCUCUGGAGGUGUUCGGAUACUGUUCUCUGACCAGCACCUUCAUAUCUCUCUUCACAUUUGCCUCAAUCCUUACUAUUGUUCUGCUGACAGCAGAAAGGUUUACUGCAAUAUGUUAUCCAUUCUCGCAUAGAACAAUUUUUGACGAGAAACGUGUCAAGAGAUUCAUUUUAUUGAUUUGGUUUGUUGCUCUACUCCCAUCAAUCUUCAUUGGAUCAAUGUUCAAACGUGUUGGUCUCGAUUUCUGUGGAUUCAAACGUCAGAUGAACUAUGUUGGACAAUGUGAUUUGAUCACUUCUCCCGAUAGUUUCUUCCGUUAUCCAUUCGAAUCUGCAAUGGCUAUUACGUUUGUUCUCCCGCUCUUUUUUAUCAUCUACUGCUAUUUCAGAAUUCUAGUUACACUAAACGAAAUGUCCAAUUCAACACAUGUUCAUACUCCAGUUGGUACUGCCCGUAGUGAUAGUGGCGGUGCUUUCCAGUUCCCGCAUAACUCCAGCAACUCUCAUACUCAAAGUUUUCCUUUGACAGUGCACACUAAAAAUGUUCAACCUCCUAGAAGUCAGCAGGCGCAAAAAAUGGUGGUCAAAAUGAUAGUAACUGUCACUGGCGUUUUCUUUGUUUGUUAUCUUCCAUAUCAUGCUCAACGUCUUAUUGUUAAAUACAAUGGAGAUGAUUGCUCCCAAUCAGCAAUUUGCAGACUUCUCUAUCCGAUAACAGGAAUUCUCCAAUAUAUAUCAGCUUCAUUGAAUCCAAUAUUCUAUAAUUUGAUGUCAGUUCGAUUUCGCAACGGCUUCAAAAAACUCAUCAAAGACGUCUGGACCCACCGAACCAGAAGUUACAGCAAUCUAGCUCGUGUUUAG